AUGAUUGCUCUUCUCGUCUUUCUAAUCUCCGCAGCCUCCGCUGAAAUCCUUGGUGAUCUCAAUUGCACCACUUACGUCGGCGAUGGAACUAUUACAUUCGGCUACUCACCAAGCGCCACGGUCUGCAGUAACACAAUCUCUGACGCUUCGUGUAAUGUGCUCUAUGCUCCCGUGACUGAUGGAGAGUUUCCAGCUCCUGGAAAUGAUGUCGAGCGUCCAUUCAACUGUUAUACCACGGAGGGUGCCAAUACUGGAGCAUUCAGUGCUGAUAUGAAGAAAGCUGCGUUGGAUUCGUGCCCAAAAUCGUGUGGAUAUUGCUGCCAGACUAGCGCCUAUAACUGCAGAAAUGUUAAUUUCCCACGCCUGAGAUGCGAGACCAUCACUGCCUCCCAAUGCACCUCCGCCACAUGGCGUACCAUCAUUGCUGCCGACUGCCCAUCAGCCUGUGGAUUCUGUAACGAUGGAGGAUGUGUCGAUGGAGUCAUGGACUGUGGCAACGACAUCUCCAUCUGUAACGCCGUCGGCAUGCAAGAUUUCGUUAACCAGUACUGCCAACGAACCUGCCAAAGAUGUGGAACCACCACUGCCGCUUCGACAGGAACUGGCACCUGCACCUCGUUCAUCGCCGACACGAGUGCCUCGUGCAGUGCAUGGGCUACUAAUGGAUUCUGCACCAACACGUUCUACACCGCUGCACAACGUAGAGUGUACUGUGCUACCACUUGCAGAAUUUGUUAA